AUGGGGUUACAGAGCGUCGACAUUGAUAUAGGGUUACAUAGCGUCGACAUUGAUAUAGGGUUACAGGACGUCGACAUUGAUAUAGGUUUACAGAGCGUCGACAUUGAUAUGGAGUUACAGAGCGUCGAUAUUGAUAUGGGGUUACAGAGCGUCGACAUUGAUAUGGGGUUACAGAGCGUCGACAUUGAUAUGGAGUUAAAGAUCGUCGACAUUGAUAUGGAGUUACAGAGCGUCAACAUUGAUAUGGAGUUACAGAUCGUCGACAUUGAUAUGGGGUUACAGAGCAGCGUCGACAUUGAUAUAGGGUUACAGGGCGUCGACAUUGAUAUGGGGUUACAGAGCGUCGACAUUGAUAUAGGGUUACAGAGCGUCGACAUUGAUAUGGAGUUAAAGAUCGUCGACAUUGAUAUGGAGUUACAGAGCGUCGACGUUGAUAUGGGGUUACAGAGCGUCGACAUUGAUAUGGAGUUACAGAGCGUCAACAUUGAUAUGGAGUUAAAGAUCGUCGACAUUGAUAUGGAGUUACAGAGCGUCAACAUUGAUAUGGGGUUACAAAGUGUAAACAUUGAUAUGGGGUUACAGAGCGUCGACAUUGAUAUGGGGUUACAGGGCGUCGACAUUGAUACAGGGUUACAGAGCGUCGACAUUGAUAAAGGGUUACAGAGCGUCGACAUUGAUAUGGAGUUAAAGAUCUUCGACAUUGAUAUGGAGUUACAGAGCGUCGACAUUGAUAUAGGGUUACAGGGCGUCAACAUUGAUAAUUAUGGGGUUACAGAGCGUCAACAUUGA